CCCUGGACUUGAUUAAAUUUGUUAACGAUGAUACUAUAAAUGAUUAUUCUUCUUUAGAUGAAUCGAAAAUCCAACGGAAAGCAUCGAUAAUACUUGCGGAAGCAUGCAUUCUGGUGCUAAAUAGAUUUGUUUAUUGUGACUACGAGAGUGAGUUUUACCAGAGGCAAUAUCAACUGUGUCGAGCCCUGGUUGAUAUUAAAGAGGCUCGUAGGGAUCUGGGAAGCCAGGAUUGGCUAGAAUGGGUGAAGCACGAACGUGAUGAAGCAUCUAUGUUCAUGGAUAAUUUCGUUAGAAGAUGGAAGUCAGCACUGAACUCAUCUGCAUUCUCUUGGAUUUUCCACCCUGACAUGCUUAAGGAUUUGGAGACUUUUGCCUCUAGUUUAUUGAAGGAUGACAUUCCAGAACCUAAAGAGAUCAGAAAAAGAAUUCAUCUUUUGCUGCAUAGAAUACAAAGCAAAUUGAUUCUACAAUUUGGGAGUCUCUUGGAAGUCACAACUAAUCAUGUUUGGGAGGUGGUGAGCAGUAUGACUGAUAUCCCAUUCGUUGAGUUUCUCCCUUCAGUUAGCGCUUUCAAGGAAACAGCCUUCCAUAAGGCAAAACAGCAGGUGGUGGAUCUUCAAGACAAGGUAAUGGAUGGAAUUUUUGAAGUUCUAGCCUUCCACCACACGAGUUCUAUGAGAAAGAUCCAUGUGACAGCCCACCGCCCAAGGGGAUUAUUCCUUUUCAAAGUAGGCCAAGAAGAUAGGUAUUAUGUAAGGGCGAUUGCCAAGGCUGUGUCUGAACAAUGGUAUGGAGAUGUGAGCAGGUUUGUAUACAUAAGCAUGUCUGAGUAUGCAGAUGACCCAUUGCUGGUGUCAAGCUCUGGUGAACUGUUAUCAAGGUCAAGUAGUAAAGUUGAGCAUUUCAAGAACACUCUAUUUGAGUUUGUGAAAAAGCGACCUUAUUCGGUGUUUCUUCUAGACAGAGUUGAUGAGGCAAGCUUAUGUGCGAAGAGUUUGUUCAAGUUUUUAUGUAAUGAGGAUGAUGCAUCACCCAGUAAUGGAGGGGGAGGGUGCUCAGUUGACUUCUCUAAGUCUAUUAUUUUCAUGACCUUGAGUAGACUUGAAGUGUUUUCGAAGGAUCAUAAAUGCUUAUAUGAAGAUGAUCCUGAAACUGUGGAGGAGGGGUUCAAGCAUGAAAUUAAUUGUUCACUAAUGUCAUCAGAAACAAUUCUCUCCAUGUCAAAAGAGCUUAAUGGGUAUGAGCUGUUGGAUUCCCUGGUUUUCGAUAGAGCUUUUGUUAUAGAUCCUCUGUCCAAUCAGAGGAAGAAGAUUGCUUGUAGGAUGUUGCUAAGGGAACUUGUUGCAGAAGUUCUUGCAGGAAGAUAUAUUGUACAUAUCUCAGAUGCUGCAUUGAAUGUGCUGCUAUACAAUUCAGGAGUGACGUCAAUUUCCACUUGCGUAGAGAGACUGAAACAAAUGUUGGUUUCAAAAGUUAGGCCCUUGUUGGCGGGUGAAGACGGAGGAGGUUAUGAUGAUUAUGCAGUUGUAGUCUAUGUGGAUGCCCUGGUUGGGAUGGGGGAACUGUCUGUUAGGCUUCAAGUGAAUAAACGAUCUCUUGCUGAUUGGUAUUUCAAGUUAGAGAACGGCACUUUUGGUAGGCUGCUAGCCAAUUUAAGGCUAAAAAUGCAAUCGGCUUACGAUUUUUUUAUGGUCCGAGAUCUGACACUACGCAAAUUGGAUAAACCUUACUUCAAACGUGUGUCAAACUGCCUGGUGCGCAUUUGCAGAUUGCUUUCAACAUUUACACCGAGUGUUGAUCCAAACUCCGCAGUUGAGAAUGUAGUAAGAACAACCGGGGUGUUAGCGUUUCAUGGAGCUGAAGAAAAGGAGAAGUUAAUGAAUGAGGAGAGAAAAUUAUCAAAGACUGAUACCAGCCCUGCAAAAGCAACUCGUAUUAUAGUUGCUGCUCUAGUAAAGAUUAUUGAUGGUCCAUUGGGAUUGGCUGUUGAUAAGCUCGCUAGUAGUAGAAAUUACCUAUUUCUAUGCCUGCAUGAUGAUGCUAAGAGGGAAUUGAUUGAAUGCCUAACUGAUUCUUUAAAAUCUUAUACUGGAGACUCUUUGUUUACAUAUGUCAAGUUGACGAAUGAUUGCAGAGGUGAAGAAGUGAAGAAGUUGCUGAUUGAAAAAGUAAAGGGGGGAUGUUAUUGUGUUUUCAUGCUUGAUGAAGUAGAACAUGCUGAUGAGGUCCUUUAUAGUAGCCUUCUAGAGAUUUUUGAUGAGGGUACUCUAUACAGCGGUGAAGAAGGUUUCACUGUUGACUUCCGGAAAGCUAUUGUUAUCCUUACAUCAAAGGUUGCCAAUGAACGUGCUAUCAACAAUCUCUUGUGUGGUCAACCGGGUGAUUCACCUCAUAUGAGUAUGAUGAAGCAGAAUGGGAAGCGAGCCAGGACCGAGUUGCUUUGCUGUGAUAAAAUAAUUCGUGGAUGUUGUUUGGGUGUUAAGCAAUUUAGGCACGAGUUGCUUCACCGGGUAGAUGAAAUAAUUCUCCUAAAUCCUAUUUCACCCGAAUAUGGUGAAAUUUGCAGACUCUCUAAAUGCAGUGUCGGGUCUGUAACACAUGCCUCUGAAGCGGUUUCGUCCCUGUUCCUCAUUAAAAUGUUUGUGGAUAAUGGUCGAUGCUUAAAUACUGCAUUUCUUGAUCAGUUGGAGGAUAUACCCACGAGAUUCCAUUUGAUUCGGGAGGUUGGAGAUACUGUUAUGUGUUAAGGACUCACAAGUAGUAUGCAGACAGAUAAUGAUCAGAUUGAUCACAAUUCUUCAAGGAAAUCUACCAGAAUAUAUACACCAAACCUCUUGGAAAUUCACUCUUCAAUCAAUUUGCAAUCAAGAUAAACCUGUUGGACAUCCAUGCUCAUCUUGAGGGGGCGUCAAAAGAAUAAAAGAUUGGACUGUUUUAUUCUGUAUUGUGCCUGUUAUUUUAACCCAUCUUAUAUUUUACAUUAGAGUAGUCUUUUAGGCCUUUAGUAUAUAUACUGUAUUUCCAAACCUAAUCCCUAAGAAUUCAUUCGUUCAUCUUCUUCAUUUGAGAUUACUGCUUCCGCGCUCUCUUCUAUCAAAUAGACAAAUACUCUUUAAAUUCACAUUUACUCAAGCUACAUCUGGGGAUAUGAGAACUUUUGAGUGGAAAUGAAUUCUUUGGUUGCGUUGAGCUACAUCGCUGAAGAGGGAAAUGGAAGAUGGGAGGAUGCAAUAAAGGAAAUGUUACUCCUUUCGAAUAGGAAAAUGGUUUCUUUGACGCAGGUAUGACGUGAAGGAAAUUGAACGCCCCAUCAUUUGGGAGUUCAAUCUCCGGUCCAGCCUAUUCCUUUUAAUUCUAGUCCUGUUAGAAAAGCUUAUCUUAUAGAUUUUUUGGAAUUCCUUCUUUUAGAUUUAAUUAUUAAAUAUAUCAUUUCUGAUUGUAUUUUGAGAGGUACGCCCUUUCUGGAGUGGUUUCGAUAUACCUGCUGCCCCUUUUGUAAUUAUUUUAUUUUAUCAAAAUCCGACAAAUGUUCCUGACAUUUACCCGGCCUACCGAUGGGUGGUUUGCCUAUCGAGUAAAGGAAAAGAUCCAAACGAUGCCUUCCUCCGAAUAGGAGCAAAAUACAUUUUCUCCAAAGUCCAAACUAAUGUUAAUAGAUUAAAUAAUAUUUAUAUGGCCACAUCUCGAAAUAGUUAUUAUAUAGCAAUGUAAUUAGCCUUUAUAAGCAUUGAGUAAAUUUCAUAGUACGGGUUAAAUAUAACUUCUCAAAAAUACUUCUUUAAAAUUCUUAUAUAUAGUCCAAAUAACAUUUAUAGCUUAAAAUAACAUUUUUUGAAAUACUUA